CGAGCCCGACCACAUCUGCCGCGCCACGGGUCGCAAGGCCCGCACGGCGCUUUGAUUCGCCCGGCUCACCCCACGGCAGGAUGCGAACCGACCCAAGCACCAACAGGCAACAGCUUCCCCGAACGGACUAGAUUCGAACCCUCCCUGCCUUUUCUGUGAAGCCGUCACGUCGCCUUCGGUUCCACCGGCCCAAACGAAACCCUACGUAACGAAGCGAGCACCGAGCGGUAGCAUGGGGAGCGGCAGCGCGGCCGCCGACCUGGUCCCGAAGGCGGCGUGCGAGGCGUGCGGCGCGGCGUCGGAUCUCUACGUCACGGAGUGCCGGCACGCCACCCUCUGCCACUCCUGCGGCGCCGCCAUGGCGCGCGCCCGCGGGCGCUGCGCAGUCUGCGCCGCGCCCGUCACCACCCUCAUCAGGGAGUACACUGUUCGCGUGGAUACCACCGGGGAGAAGGCCCUCUCAGUCGGCAGGUUCACCACCGGUUUGCCUCCCUUCUCGAAGAAGAGGAGCGCGGGGAGCAGGUGGUCUCUUCGUAAAGAUGGCCUGCAAGUGCAAAGACGGCAGCUUACCGGGAGUAUGCGGGAGAAAUACUGCAACAGGAAGCCAUGGAUUUUGGAGGAUGAGACAGGUGAAUAUCAGUAUCAAGGCCAAGCCGUUGGCUCACCGUCUGCGACGGCUACACACUAUUUGUUGAUGUUGCACGGCAAGGAGUUCCAUGCUGUUCCAAUUGGUUCCUGGCAUAACUUCAGUAAAAUUGCGCAGUACAAACAGCUGACCUUGGAAGAAGCUGAAGAGAAGAUGAAUAGAAGGAGAAGUGGUGCAUCUGGUUAUGAACGGUGGAUGAUGAAGGCAGCUGCAAAUGGGGCUGCUGCCUUUAGUUCAGAUGUGAAGAAGCUAGACGAUGUAAAGAGAGGGGCGGCUGGUGGGGUCCACCCCAAUAAAGGAGAUAGGAAUGAUGAUGGGAAUCAAUCAGACAAAGGUGAAGAGGACGAAGAAGAGGGAGCUGCAAGGAAAAACAGGCAUGGGCUUACUACAAAGGGCAUGGAGGAUGACAAGGAAGGCGGAAAGGACAGAGACUAUGAUCUGGAUGAUGAAAUUGAGAAAGGUGACGAUUGGGAGCACGAAGAGACCUUCACUGAUGAUGACGAGGCUCUGGACAUUGACACAGAGGAAAGAGCUGUAUUAGCUGAUCCUGAGGCUGCUCCACCAGAUAUUAAGCAGUACACACAGGAUGACAACGAGAAUGAACUAGGCGGCAGCGGCAACCUGAGCAAGUCCGGUCAGGAACUAAAAAAGCUGCUCCGGCGAGCUGCUGGGCAAGAUGAGUCUGACAAUGACGACAAAGACACAGAUGAAGAUGAGCCACCAUCGCCAGUACUUGCUCCAAAACAAAUGGUUCAACCCAAAAGUGAACCAGGGGAUAACAACCCUGCUAAACCAACACUGCCAGUGCAUGCUCAGAGCACUACACCUGCAUAUCAAUCCACUCAAAAGAGGAGACCAGGGGGUGAUGAUGCAAAUAUUUCUAAUGGUGCAGCCUCCAAAAAGAUAAAGAUGGAACCUGAAACCAAAACAUCGGUUGUUAAGGAUGAAACCCUGCCUUCUUUGGAACCAUCUUCAGAAGCAUCUCUUUCAGCAAGCACCACAAACUCAUCACCCAUUACAGAGGAGGAAGUCAGGACAGUACUUCAUGCAGUUGCACCUGUCACAUCCCAAGAUCUGGUGUCUAGGUUUAAGUCUAGAAUAAAAACUCAAGAGGACAAGAAAGAAUUUACUGCCAUUCUGAGGAAAAUUUCUCACAUGCUUAAGACCAACGGCCGUAACUAUAUCCUCCUUCGGAAGGAAUACAAGUGAACAUACAAAUUUAACCACCUGUAUAUGCUGUUAUAGUGUUACGCCCCUCUAGAAUAGCAUGUCAUCUUUAUAUCUGAAAAUCAUAUAGUUCUUUUUAGAAAUGCAGAAUACAACAGUGUAACAGAUAUUUCUUGAUGCAGAUUAUUUAUGGCUCAGUGCAACAAAAUAGAUUUUUCUCUCGUACUGACUGACUUUAUUAGCAACU